UCCUCCCCCGCCACACUUCCCUGCCGUCUACCCUUCUACCAACUCACUGACUUCACUGGUAGCAACAGCACAGAAGAAGAAAAAAAAGAAGAAAAGAAAAAAAAACACUGUCUUUUAACUGCUUCUCCCGGCGCCGAAGGAUGGAGCAGCGCGUCCUACUUCCUGGGAGAAGAGGAAAACUGUGUGUCAUCAUAGAUUCUGUCCCCCAGCUUCCUGUGCAGUAGUCGGCCUUGCUUUGCUACUGUUUCUUUUCGACUUUCUACAUUUGCCACUAAAUUAUACCUGUUCAGAUGCAAAAAAAAAAAAAUAAUAAAAAUAAAGUGUGGAAAAAAUCAAAUAAUAGUUCAAACUUUAGUAGAAAGUCAGUCAUAAAAAGAAAAAAAAAGGAAAAACACUGUAUGACAAGAAAACUGAAAACGAAUUUUCUUCAGAACAUUUUUAAGUUGGACUCAAAAAGUUGAAGCGUUUUUAUUCUGCACAAAUGGUAGUUUUCAACUGAGAAACGUUUGUCCGAAGGUGCUAAAAAGAGUGUAAAGGAAACAUGCCUGCUUUGUAGUGGAGUUGUAGACUGGUAAUACGUUCACUCUGAAUUGCUCUAUCAGCAUUUUGUGAAUGUUGAAUUUUUCUGACAUGAGUCAUUUCAAAUGAAUAAGUGUGUUAAAUAUCAUUUUCAUCCUGCUGUAUUCAGAUGCUUUAUUUGAGGGAAAGAAAUGUUUAUGUACAGAAAUGUAAAAUAAAGAAUAAACUUGGUUUUGUAUGUGUUGGUCUGUGCAGUUCGUCGCCCCGUCAGCCGAGCAGAACGUUCAGCUUCCUCUUUCUAAGAAGUGUGAUGUUACUUACUGUGACUCAGCUGCUGCCUUUUUUUUUCAUCUUACUUCACUGUGUCAUUUAUUGAGGCAAGCUGUUUUUUUUCUUCUUCUUCUUCUUCUCAAGGUGACUGCAAAUUAAUUUGGACAACCCCUUUUAAAAUCAUUAUCAGGAAUUUUUCUCUCAACCAAAUGACCACUGAUGAGCUUAAUAAGUAGAACAUAAAGUUCACUUGUGGUGAGACACCAGACCAUACUGAGAUAAAUCUAGAUGACUUGAAUGUUUUGUGAUGAAUAAAAAAUUUUUGUCAUUUUUUUCUUUCCUUUUUUUUCAGGUAAAACCGCUUCUUCCUGGUGGGUCGUACACCUGAACACAUCCUGUAACUCAUACAGCAACCGUGGGUUUCAGCGUUUGACAGUGCUGUGGUCAAUGUGUACAAAGAGCAGGAAACUCCUGCAGCCACACGCAGAAAACUAGUUUCAAAGAAAUGCAUUUCCCUUCAAACACUGCAUGAGGUGUGUGUGCGUUUGUGUGGAUCGCUCACAAAUCAGCCUAAGUCCGAGUUAGUGAACGCUUUGCCCCCUCGCCGAGAUAAGCCAUCGCACCUCACAGGUGUGGCGUAUCAGGAUACUGACUGGACAGCAGGAUUAGCGCCACAAUGAGGCCACUCUGAAAUCUGCAGCUUGAUCACACAGAGCACGCCACAGAUGUUGCAGGUUUUGAGGGAGACCCCAGUUGCCACGUACAGACCACGUGUAGUCACACCUCCACCUGAUCGCCUGAAAGGUCGUCUGAGGACGGCCACCCGGACGUCGGCUUCGACAAUCGGUUUGCAAAACCAGACAAUCCCUUUACAAAAUGUCAGAAACAGUCUUGGGGAAGCUCAUUUGAGUUUUCCCCAUCCUCAUUGGAGUCUUGACUGCGAUUUGAUUGGGGAAAUGUUCACGUUUGAUUGUGUCUGGCACAUUGGAGAGGUGUCCUCUACGCGGAGGGAUCCUACUUCUCACUGUUCUGUGAGGCGGUGUGUGUGGCGUUGUGUGGGUGAUGUUGAUGUUCUAAAUGGAGUGACCCGUGGCGGUGGAUGGACAGUGACAUGUUAUCAACAACGAACACAGGUGUAUUUUUCUGACGGCAUUUUGAAUGCACCAAGAUACUGUAAUGAAAUCCUGAGACCCCAUUGGUUUGACCUUCACCUCAUGAUGUUGUACAACCCCUCAUUGCCAGGAUCUGGACACAUUCAGGGAAGCUGAUCCCAGUUCAUAUUUGGGAUGCUCUGGAUCGGCGUGUGAGACUUCCUGCCAACAUCCGGCAACAUCCCGAAGUCAAUGGAGACGAGUGGACCAAUAUCCCACAGGCCACAAUCAACAACUUGAUAAUAUGCGAAGAUGUUGUACCGCAUGAGGCAAAUGGUGCAAACACCAAAUACUGACAGGGUUUCUUACCCUCCCAAACUCCCCACCACCCAAAAUAAAAGCAAAACUGCAGAAUUCAGAGUUUCCUUUUAUCGUGACUAACCUAAUGCACGUCUGUCCAGUAAUCACGCGGUCCACUCUUAUCAGCAUCUUGAUAUACCACACCUAGGUGGGAUGGAUUUUCUCUGCGAAGGAAAAGUGUUCACUAACACAGAUUUGUGAACAACACUUGAGAGGCGUCUUGCAGCCUGGGAAAGCCUUGGAGUUCCCCAGAACGAGGUCAGGAGAACGAGGCUGGGUUUCCCUCCUGGACGAGCUGCUCCACGUUUAGAUGGUUUAUGCAACAUUUUCAUUUUGCAGCAAGUUGUGUUGUGGGUUGGUUUGGGAUUCUCUGUUCGAUCACCAGAAUUUUUUUUCUCUCUUACUAGAAAGUUACUGUGCAUUUUGAGAAACUUCUGAAGACACGAAAAAUAACAUGAGACUAGAUAGAUAGAUAGAUAGAUAGAUAGAUAGAUAGAUAGAUAGAUAGAUAGAUAGAUAGAUAGAGUUUUGUUUAUGCUUAUUUUUCAAAGAUUGUUUUAAAAUUUUGAUUGUCUCUGCUCAAUGGACUGAGUGGAGACAAUCGUCUUUAUUUAUAUGAAUACAUUUAUUUAUUUAUCAAAUAAAUCGAGUUGUGUUCUUUGAUCCAAACUAUAUAUUUGUACGGUGACCUCUGAGCUGCCUACUUUUUUUUUUUUUAAUCUACAUGCAUUUGGUUUGCUCAUCGACUUUUGUUUCUGAAAGUCUUGUGGGGAAAGCAGUCCUGUCGCCGCCCUCCUAGAAUGAGCCGAAAAUGAUGACAAUCCCUCCGUCGUUUCAGGGGCCCACGCCGACAGGCCCGCUGACCUCCAGCUGGCUCUUGAGUCGUGAAAUGAUGCUGUUUGAUGUCACAUGUGAUUCACUUCACCCUCGCUACCCCACACAGCGGUCUUCCUGGCAUGAUUAAUUAUUAAUCGCUGGUUGUCGCUCCAUUAAUAGCGCUGAUGUGACCGAACAGGCAGAAUUUCCAAAUAUCACUCUGCACCGCAGAUCGCGUAAUAAUUACAGCACCGACUUACUGUAGCUCUUAAUUGGAAGUCCCGUCUCUGCCUGGUGAUUGGUUGCUGCUCCUUCGCUUUGAAUUCAGGCCGUUAAGUGUCUUUCUUUCACCCACUUGUAAUAAUCCUUCAAGGAGAAAUCAUGUGGAAAUUACAUUACGUCUUGCUUGUGCGGGAAUUCCCCGCUUGUUUGUAUAAAACCUAGAGAUGAAAGCGUGCAGCUCAGUGUUGCUGUUUUACCAAGUUCCAUCACAGAUGUCUCUCUCUCUUUCUGUCUGCUCCGAAAAAAUGAGACACGUUCAUUUAAGUAAGUCAGUGACAUCCAAGCGAUCAAAUGCGCAUUUUAAAAUUUUUAUUCAUUUAUUUAUUUUUUUACUGUUCCGUUUCGGUUGUUUGGUUGCCCAAAACGUGAUGCUACCGCGGGUGUUGAUGUCUGGGAUUCUCCUGCAGGCUUUUCCAGCUGCGCCGCGCUGAUGCUGAUGCUGAUGCUGCUCAACUGGCGCACAUCCACGGGGCUGCCGCUGCCGCUGCCGCCGCCGAGCGCAAACAGCGCACAGUGCGCAAGUCUCUUCAGGAGCCUUCUGCGGAGUGUCACGGAUGUUCUCAAAAGCGAAGAUUUGUGUUUCAGCUUGAUCAAAUCCAGUGAGAUGCCAAUGAGGAGCAGCGAAACGGUGCGGGCCUGCACUCCCGCUUCGACUCAGAACUCCAGCUGUGCCAUGCUGACCAAUUCGUCCUUCAGUGAGAAUGAGUGUGUGAUGAACAUCAUGAGGGAUUUGGCCUACUACCAGACCGCGAUUGACACGUACCUCCAGUCCCCACUCCACAAACCUGAGAAGGAAAAAACACUUCUGGGUCCGACUCUGGGAGUCAUUCAGGACCUGAGGAAGAACUGCUCCUUGGUGGAAACAGGAGAGCACAACUCUUUUGAGGACGCACCCGGUCGGUGGGAAAGCGACUCCUUCAAGAACCGACAGAAGAUGUGUAAGAUGAUGAGAGGCUUCCACGUUCGCGCCAUCACCAUCAACCGAGCCGUGGGCUACAUCUCCUCAGGGGACCACAGGAAGUAGACGAGCCGAAGCUUCAUCAGCAUCGGCGUCGAUCCCAUCUUCCUUCCAUAUGAUUUACUGCGCCAAACCCGUAACACUGUUGUCACAAGCUACUGAACGUGUGGUGCUUACCGCCAAACGAAGCUGCUCAGGCAUAAGCUAUCCGUGCGGACCCUCUUUCUCUUUGUAAGAGCCAAGGGUCCGCCAGUCUGUCACUAAGAGUAGUAAUGGUCAUAUUGGCCUGGUUAAAGUCUUGGAAUGUAUUCCAGUAUUCGAUUUUAUUUAUUUAUUUAUUAUUUAUUUGUAUUAACUUAAUAAUUUAUUUGAUCUGAAA